UCGUGCUCGUGCUCGUGCUCGUGCUGUCGGGUCUUCCCGUUACGCUCCGGCUGGUUCGCCGUGGCUUACACAACACGAGACGAGGAAGUCAUCUGGCUAACACCAAAUAACAUAGACCUUCGGAUAGGCGACGUGGACACUUACGGAGAAACGGUCUGAAUCCAAUGGAACCCACCACUGAGACAUCAUGUGUCUUGUGGCUGAGCUCACAGUGCCCUCUUGGUCAAAGCUGUGCACUGUGACCACAUAUCUGCCAUUGCUGUGUCUUCUGUCUCUGUGAGGUCACCCUGCUGCCUGCUGGACUCCGCCCCAUCACAGGCAUGGCGCCCGUGCCCCCAGGCGUCCGCUUCCUGGCUUCCUUUAACCGGGACCAGUGGUAUCGAGCCUUCACCUUUGCCCUCACCUUCCUGCUCUACACCAGCUUCCACCUGUCCCGGAAACCCAUCAGCAUCGUCAAGAGCGAACUACACAAGAACUGUUCACUGCUCAGGGAGCUGCCCACUGACAGCAGCCCUCAACAGCUCAGCCUUCCUGUGGAAACAGACUGCAGCUGGAAGCCAUUUGAUAAAGGCAAUUAUAAGCAGUUGUUGGGAACAAUGGACUAUUCCUUUCUGUGUGCUUAUGCAGUAGGAAUGUACCUGAGUGGGAUCAUUGGCGAGCGUCUCCCCAUCCGCCUGUACCUGACGGUGGGUAUGCUGACCAGCGGACUCUUCACCUGCCUCUUCGGCCUGGGCUAUGUCUACAACAUUCACAGCCUGGGCUUCUACAUCUUUGCCCAGAUUGCCAACGGUCUAGUGCAGACAACUGGCUGGCCCAGUGUGGUAACGUGCAUUGGGAACUGGUUUGGGAAGGGCAGGAGGGGUCUGAUCAUGGGACUGUGGAACUCCCAUACUUCUGUGGGGAACAUUCUGGGCUCUCUGAUCGCGGGAUACUACGUGUCCUCUAACUGGGGCCUGUCCUUCAUCGUCCCCGGCAUCAUCAUCGCCGUCAUGGGAAUCAUUUGCUUCCUCUUCCUCAUCGAGCACCCCAAUGAUCUGAAGAGUGUUGGAGCUCAGAACACCGAAAACAGUAACCAAUUGUGUUCAUGGCAGAAGAGCUGGAGCAGCGUUAAUGGCCAUAAACACCUGUACUUGCAGUACAAGCAAGAAGCCAAAGUUCAAAGCUCAGAUACAGAGUUGCUCCUGGGACAGGACAGCACAGGCGUGUGUGUUCCUGUGCAGCAGAUUGUGGUGGUGAAGAGUGGGGCGGAGCCAUCGGCCAUUAGCUUCAUGGGCGCCUUGCAUAUACCAGGCGUGGUGGAAUUCUCCCUCUGUCUGCUGUUUGCCAAGCUUGUCAGCUACACUUUCCUGUUCUGGCUGCCCCUUUAUAUCACUAAAGCAGCUCAUCUUGACGCAAAGAAAGCAGGAGAUCUCUCCACCCUGUUUGACGUGGGAGGAAUUAUCGGUGGUAUUCUGGCGGGUGUUGUCUCAGAUAAGCUCGGAAAGAGAGCCACUACAUGUGCCAUAAUGCUGCUAUUGGCUGCACCAACAUUGUAUGGCUUUUCCAUGAUGAGCCAGUUUGGCCCAGGGCCUACUAUUGGUAUGCUGCUGGUAUGUGGUGGAUUAGUUAAUGGACCUUAUGCCCUCAUCACAACAGCUGUGUCUGCUGAUCUGGGAACCCACAAGAGUCUAAAAGGUAAUGCGAGGGCUCUGUCCACAGUCACAGCCAUUAUCGAUGGGACAGGCUCUGUUGGCGCUGCGUUGGGCCCCCUGCUGGCCGGACUGCUGUCUGCACACGGCUGGGAUCAGGUGUUCUACAUGCUCAUGACGGCAGACUUUUUGGCACUGCUGCUGCUGCUCAGAUUGGUGAUGAAGGAACUGAGGUCUAACAAGAGCCCUCCGGGAGCUGCUGUGGAACUAAAGGAGCACUGAGCACUUUGCACUGAGUGGGAGAGUGAGUCGAAGGAGAGGUGGAGAGGAGGCCGUGGACAGCCUCUGGCCUUUCUGCUAGAUGGCCAUUUGGCCCAUUUCCCAAUCUGGACCAGAACUGCACCUUGGCUUUGUUUUUGUCCUAAAUGGAUAAGACCAAAAUGUCACUUGCUUUGUCUGUUUACUUCUCUGUUCCCCAUUCCUGUGGCCUGUGUAGCAGACUAUUACAAGUUCAUGUAACUUUGUAGGGACCAGAAGCCCAGCUUUCCCUACCGGUUGACCAUUAACUUGCAAUAGUUAAAUGAAGGAGGAAAACAUAACUAAUUAUUAGUUAUGUUAUGAGGGCUAAUGUACUUGUAACAAGUCCAAAAUCACAUUUUUGAGAAUAAGUUAAAUGGUACAUCAUUUAAUGUGCGUGAAUAUUAAUAUAUGAAGUAGCUUGCAGAAUUCUGAGCCUAUGAAAAUAGUCACCAUUUUAAAGUACUGCUGUAAAUUUCUUGAAGUAAAUAUAAUAGCCUGUUUACUCCCUACUCACAAAUGGAUAUUCAUUAUAUUCAUUAUCCUUUGCGAUGGGAAUUGAAAGAUUAACUGAAGAGGUUGUGUGGGUUGUGAAGAUGCACGCAAGCACGCACGCAGUGGCAGUUCAAGCUCUGUUGGUCUAAGCUGUAAAUUUAAAGGCCCAGAGGAACAGCUAGCUACUGGCUGACUGCUAGGUCCGAAGGCAUGUCUUAGAAACGGCAUUAUUACUGUAUGUAAGCAGGUAAAAUCGUUGCACUUUUGCAUUUAGUGUUGUUGAAGAGAUUCUAUAUAUCUGCUGGUCAUUACAAACUGAUCUGGGUGUCUAAGACAAGGGAUAACGGAAACAUGGAUUCACCAAGAGUUGGAGCCAUUACAAUAGUGCUUUCACUUUUUACCAGUACAGAAAGGUUAGCGAGGCUAACUCUAAAUGAAACCAAUAGGGACCACUUUGUGGAAGCUCAGCUGGACAACGCUAACCAGCCCAUCAAGCUUAUUGGUGUUUAGCCAACAUUGUAUUUAGUUGUGUUCCUGCGCAAUAGUAGUUGGUAAAGAGGGAAUCUUAAAUACCUCUUCAGUUAUUACAUGCAUACACACUGCUGUCUCAUUCCUUCAGAUCUAGUUAUAUUUUCCCUCUUCCCUGUUCCCAGUAAUUGUGUGAUGUAGAAGAAUGUCCUCUCUACUUGAACCAUUUAAAGCCCCUUUGAGCAUUUGGAUAUUGGAAGGAUAAACUUAUUUUAUGUAUAUAUGGGUACAUUCUUAAUAUAUUGUUCAUUCCCCUCUUGCUUUCUACAAACCAAAGCAAACCUUGCAAGUUAUUUAUAUACGAAUAUUAUAUUUUCGUUAUUUAAAUACUGUGUCUAAAAUACUGUGGUGGAUAUUAAGUGUACUGUUUUCUCCCUUUUUUACAUUUUAGGAGUAUAUUGAUAGGGUCAUGAUUGCCAUGGUACUUGGCAUUCAUCUCAUAUGUGCAUUCAGACAGAUAAACCUCUGGCCCUUUUGGAUGGGCAUAUAUUAUGCGUGUAUACUGUACUGUGGUCUCGUAGAGCACUCGUGCCAUGAAGACGUUUCUUCUUUGGUUUUGGUUUUUGCUCUAUUUAUUUGUUUUUGGCUUUUGGUUUUGCCCCCCACCAUCAACUCACGAGCACGAGUCCACAUUCCAGCCGGUUUGUGGGUAAAGCUCAUCCUGUGUUGGCAAGCACAAAUCAAAAUGGAGAAGCUUGCUUCUCAAUGCACCAUUAACCCAGAAUCUGCCUUGACUGUUAUGAUUGGUAAAACUGGACAUUUUGCCUUUGACUUACCACUUCUCUGUUUCUGAUUCAAAGGCGGUGGGCUUCUUGCUUUUAUCUAGCAGUAAUUAUGGCACAAGCUCAUUUUACUGUAGGGCACAUCACACUAUGGAUGGGUGAAUGUAUCUUGUAUGAAAAAUGUGUGUAAUGGUUUACUGGUGUCACAAGGAAAUCGUGCCUUCUUUUCCUGUUAGAAUGCUCUUUGUUUCUUUUUGUCUGUUUGUUCUUGACAGACUUGUCUGUAAAUCCAAGGCAACAUCUGAGUAGGACGUCACUGUGUAAUGUUGCUUUUUACAUGAAUAUAAUUAAGUUUAAUUAUGAAUAAAGGGAAAAAAUCUGUUUCGA